UCUUUGCCAUCAAUAUCUUUAACCUAUGAACUCCUUAGUGUGCCAGUUCUCCGCCAUAUUGACUGUUGUCUUGACUGGAGGAGAUAGAGAACAUUUUGAGGUCCGAGAAGAAACGAAAGUGUGCUCCUAAAAUCAUCGAAACUGGUGCAAACUUGGCCAAAGCGUAUUAUAAACGCUGUCGUAAUGGCAAGGAAGAAAAGCAAGCAGCAAGGGGUCGCCCAGAAGGAGCUUGCGCCUGGACAGCAGACCGUACCGAAGAGCCCAGUAUCUCCCAGCGAUGCAGCUGGCGGUGGCGGUGGAGAUGCUGGGCUGGAUAGGCUGGCCACUACCAGGGCGAACCAGCCUAUGCACACCUGCUGCCUCCUGUGCCAUCGUGAAUUUAAGGACUGGGGAGCAAGCUCCAUGAAUGGACUCCCCGGGGGCCACGGGACCAAGCUGGCUGAUGCUGUGCCUGCACUCUCCCAGGCCUUAUUGCGGGAGGCGCCAGGGCGCAAGCUUGCUGAUGCGGUGCCCUCGCUGUCUCAGUCCCUGCUGGGAGAGGUGCCUCUGUGGAUUUGUCAGAGCUGCUGCAAGAGUGUGGAAGAGGAGGAGAGGCGGAGCACCCAGGAGCAGCCGACACAGGUACCAUUGUCACACUCUUCCUCCUGUAAGUCCCAGAGCUGUGGGAACGGUUACCCGGAGCAAAGUACUGUGGACUGGGACCCGAGUUCCUUCCUGUCAGCCCACAAACUGUCAGGUCUCUGGAACUCUGCCCACACCAAUGGAGGGGAACACUGCAACCAUAACACUUCUUCACACUCACAACAAGGUGUAACACCAGGAUCAGCCUGUCAUGAGAAAAGAGGACUUCAUGAGGCGCCUGGGAAAUCUGCUAAAACGUCAGGGACCAAAGUCUGUCCCUACAGUCACCCGUCAUCCCAGAAUUCCAGUGGAACUUCUGCUGGGAACCCCCUGUCUACCUCAGCAGACCUUUGUAAAACCACUCCCAAGCACUUCAAGACCAUGUGCCGUCGACCAACGCCACCAGGUGAAGCCUUCCACCCCAGUGACCACCAUCAACACACAGACUUGUCGGUACCCCCCAACAGUCCCACCGGCCUGUCAUCCCAGCAUUCCUCUCUCCUGCCCCCAAAGCCGAACUCUGGACAGCACGGCCACGUAACCUCCUCGUCUGGCACUGGUGUGGCAGCCCACGCAGCCCACGCUCCCUUCUCCCCGCUGGUACCAAAUCUCCACGGCCCCGCAGCCAAACUAAAUUCCCCCAGUCCAGAUAGCCCAACAUCUGUCCAUAAGCCCAGCCCAUGCAAAAACUCCCACAUUCCUGCCGUGAACACACAACACAGCAAACUGGGCACGUCUCUCAUAGGCUGUAACCAUCCCUGUAAUGGACACAGUCCGGGAACAGUGGCCACUUCCAAUGUAGGUCAUCUGACAGCUGGGGCCUGCAGGGACCAGGCAUGUAAGGGGCACAAAAUGACUAAUGGGACGUUGUGUCAUCCUCCAUCUGAGCUGGAGGAGGGGGAAGAUGAAGACAGCAGCUCUGAGAGGAGCUCCUGCGCCUCCUCUUCCACUAACCAGAAGGACGGGAAGUACUGCGAUUGCUGCUACUGCGAGUUCUUUGGACACAAUGCGCCUCCAGCUGCACCAACUAGCCGAAACUAUGCUGAGAUCCGAGAGAAACUCCGCUCACGCCUGACCCGACGUAAAGAGGAGCUGCCUCAGCGUCAAGAUUCAGAACUGACAGUGGCUGGUGCCAUUGACAACCGAGAUGUGGACGAGCUUCUAGACUUCAUAAACAGUUCUGAGCCCAAACCUGUUAACAGUGCCAAGGCUGCCAAAAGGGCUCGUCACAAACAAAAGAAAAAGGAAAAAGCUCAGCAGGGCAACAUGGGUGCUGCAGGCAGUGACCCCCACUCCAACCCAUCUGAGCCUGUCGACGAGCCCAUCCCUGAUGGUUCUGAAGCCAGCCGGUUGCUGGACUGGCCUCAGCUCGAGCUUGAACGCGUCAACAGUUUUCUCACCAGUCGGCUUGAAGAGAUUAAGAACACCAUCAAAGACUCAAUCCGGGCCUCAUUUAGCAUGUACGACCUCAAUCUGGAUGUCAACGACUUCCCAAAGAAGGCAGCCACAUUGGAGGGAAAUCAUUUACUGUCCCAUCUCAAUGGUUCCUCUGACCUGCAGCAGAUAGAUCUCGACCUUGCCCCGCUUUCACUGGGAUCCUUUAAGAGCCACCUUGAUCUGGUAAAUGGAUGGGAGGACACAACCACUGUCUCAUCCCCUAAUACCACAACCACAGCAUCAGGCAUCAUUGCUGGGUCAAAGGACAUUCAGCGGUUGCACACUACCCCCAGUCUCUCAAAGCUCAUAAGGGUUCGCUCCCCAGAAAGAUGCAUUUCUACUGGAUCUGACAAUUUGCCACAGGUGCCAGCCCAAGCAACAGCUAAAUCAAAGGAGGACACCCCUGAUCCCAAGAACACAGCAGUUGGGAACAGUGGUGCAAAGUCAAAGAAGACUAAAAAACAGCAGCAAAGACAGGAGCAAUCUGUGUCAGAGCAAAAUUCCAGCAAACCAACCAAAGCUGCCUCGGGGAAUGAAACACAGAAAACCAAUGAGUCUAAAGAAAUGGCUUCUAACGGCACAAAAGCUGGGAACAAACAGCUGCAGCACUCUGCAGACAGCCAGAGAAACGGGCCUAAGAAAGCGGAGGAGGGCAGAUCGUCCAAACAUGCAGUAAAUGGAGCAAAUGGUGGCCUCGCAAAUGCACAAAGGGGGAAAUGUGACACAGAGACACGGGGAGGUCGAUCUGAGCAGGAUACAGAAAGCAAAGCCCAUCCCACCAUUCCAGCAAAUGGACAGCAACAGCAGCAAUCCAAGGGGAAGAAUAAGAAGAACAAGAACAAGGGUGAAAAAUCCAGCAGUGCUAUUGACGAUGUAUUUCUUCCGAAAGACGUGGAUCCCACCGAAAUGGAUGAGAUUGAUCGGGAAGUGGAAUACUUCAAAAGGUUUUGCCUCGAUUCUGCAAAACAAACUCGCCAGAAGGUAGCAGUGAAUUGGUCCAACUUCAGUCUCAAAAAGGUUCCUUCCAAUGCAGCUCAAUAACUUGGAUGAGUGCCAGGAAAAAAAACUUUACACCACAAACUCUUUCAGUAGAGCCCUAUUUGGCCUGAGGCCUUCUCUCGUUCCCUGUUUUCUUCUCUUCAUUACUAAGCCAAGGGACCCUGGUUCAAAAUCAUACUCUCCAUUCAGAAGACUGAAACAUAACUUGUGGCUAAUGAGCCAUGGGUCAUUCUCAAGGCCAACUCUACCCUUUGCUAUUAUUGCAAUGUUCACUAAAUGAGAGAUGCAAAAUGGAAAAAAGUCUGAAUCCACUGCAUCCAUGUGCUUACGUAUGUAGUAUGUAAACAAUUACCUUACAUGAAAUAAAUGUUUUUAUCACAAAUCUGAGACAUUUUAACGUUGUUAAACUUCUGAUUUCCAGUCAGUUCAAUUUGGUGCUCAUCAUCCAUUACAUUCUGCAUCGCUAGUUUACCACCUGCUACACCAGUCUCUGUAGACACUAUAGACCAUUUGUCUUAUACUGUACAGCUGAAAAAAAGGAGCACAAGACAACAUUUUGACCUAAUUUUAGGGAAAAACACUUCUCUUCUGCAGGGAGCAAUAAUGGCAACAAUUGCAUUGAUUUUACUCGCCAGCAGACUCCAGUGCAUCUGGUUAUUGUCGACAGUUUUCAUUUGGAAUAUUUUUCUCAAAUUUUAAUUGUUAUGAUCGAAUUAUUAAGGGAUCAGUGAUUAAAAAAAUGAACUGACAAACACUCGAUGACCUACCUGCUACACUGUUAUCUUUUGUAUGAAAUCAUAAAAUUAUGUUUAAAAAACAACAUGAAUGUUUGACAACUUUCAGUACACCAAAAACACUAAUAUAACCUUGUGGGAAAUAUCAAACCACUGUGUAUAACACUUGGCUCACAGGAUGCAUUUUAAAUAAUAUGAAUCCAAUUAGGUAACCAUGCACGUAGAACAGUAAAAUCUAAAUACUGUCCCCUAGUCCUGUAUUGGGCAAGCUCAAUGCGUCUGUUGCUUCAAUAUCAAGCCUCCCUUGGUGUUAAUCUUGAACAAUUAUCUCUUUUAUAGUGAUAUCCAGUAUACACUCUGCCAUCUGUAGAAAAAAAGUCCUUUACCUUGGUUUUCUCACUCUUAAACUGUCAUUUUAACCCCUAUAUCCCAGCAGUGACAGGUACACCAGUGUGCAAUGUUCAUUUUAAUGUUGGAUCCAUCACACCUUGUUUGACACAGUUAAUUUUGGUGCUUGUACAUACUGAGUGAUUAUUUUGGGCCCUUUUGAGCCCUUGUCAUGCGUUUCUGGAGGUUGUGUGUGAGAGAUAUAUUUUCAACCCUACUACUCCUUUUUUUUUCUUUUUUUUUUCUUUCUUUCUUCUUUCUCUCUCUCCCCCCUGUACUGUGACCGUGGUGGCACCCUCCACCUCAGCUAGCCUAUCUGAAGUCCAAGUCUUGACACCUUUGGGACAAGGGCCUCGGGAUUUACAACAGUAACCAUGUUUUAGCUGAUGGCUUUCAUUGAGAUGGAUGAUUUCUUUCCAGAAUCUGUGCUGAGAUUUUGUUUUCGUACAUCUCUGAUGCUUUUCAGGUUAUAUUCAAUUAGAGAAGAUUAUCUUAAUGUUUCGAAUGUAGAUUUAUACUAUACCAAUAAUAGCCAAGUGUAUGUUGGCUUGUUUCUUUUUUUUUUAAAUUCACUUUUGAUACUGUGAAAAAUCUU